UCAGCAACAACACAGAAAAAAGAAAAAAAACUAAUAAAUAAUAAUGUAAACCAAAUGGAACUGUGGAAUGGUCUUGAUAACCUGAUCAGGGUUAUGUGGAGGAGUGCAUUGAUCAUCGCCUUCAUCAGCAUCCCGCGACGUGCCGUCUCUCUAACAGGAUUCGCGAGCUGGACGAGGAAGGCGUUGUACCACAAAAUCGACCUAUGCACUCAAACAUGCUACAACCAGAUCAUCCCUGGCCUAUAUUUGAGCAAUGCAAAAGCAGCUUGCGAUCAAAACAUUCUCAGGCGCCUAAAAAUCACACACAUCCUAACCGUUGAGUCGCGUCGCCUACCUAAAUCCACUUUCGUCAAUAGCAACAUUAGCUACCUCUUCAUCAGGGCUCAUGACUCGCCUAGCACCAACCUGCUUUCAUACUUUCCAAUGUCCAACUCUUUCAUCGAAGACGGUCUGCGUAAGGGCAACGUGCUCGUCCAUUGCCACUAUGGAGUGUCCCGAUCUGCCACCCUGAUCAUAGCUUACAUCAUGCAGAAGUAUAAAAUGUCGUUCGAGCGAGCGUAUUCGUUCGUACGACAGCGAAGAAAGUUCAUAAACCCAAACUCUGGAUUCGUCUCUCAGUUGAAAGAGUACGAGAGGCGGAACUAUGACGUGAAAGGUAUCGAAAGGUUUGAAGCCUAUAUGAACGUGAAGGCGAGGAAGCAUAGGUACAAAAUUGCGACUUUUGCAGCCAUUGCGGUGGGAUUGCUGGUGCCACUCGCUGUUCUGGCUAAUUACAUUUUUCAACAAUACUUCUGAAGAUAUAUGACGCUAUCCCUACUACGGUUGGGUGUUCUACAUUCGCCAAGUCCCGGUUAAUGUGGCCGAACCAUUAAAAAGCAAUUUAAUUCACUAAAGAUCUGAAAUCGGGCGUGAAAUCAUAACACCCACUAUAAACAGUAAAAUAUAAAUAACGUUCAUCUCCACGCAAUAUCCAGAAGGAUGAGGAAAAAUAUUAUCCUAUCAAUUACUUAUAUAUUAUAUAUAUUAUAAUAAUGAUUAAUUUUAACAAAUACAAUGUACAAAAGGAUUACAUAAAUUGUUUGUUA